AGGCGGCCUUUCCCCGAGCUCGGCUGGUGGGGUUGGUCCCUGCUCCUCCCCUCCGCCAAGCAGCAGCGCUUAGCCCGGGACUGGACCGAGUUAGAGUUGAGGAAGCGUUGGCGGAGCCGCGGAGGGUGCGUGUGACCCGCCGCCGCCGGGGCGAGCUAAUUCCCCCUCCCGAGACUGGUGAGGGCCGUGAGAGGAAGCGGCUGAGGAUACACAUUUUCAGGGAUCUCCAGUCUCUCUGGAAGAGAGAGCCAGGUUUCCAGCACAAACAAGCACUGGAGCAACUUUUUAAGCUUUACCUUACUGCUACACAUUCUUGAAUGGUUUUUCUGGAAGGUCCACAAGCUGUCUGAAAACUGGUGCUGUCUGAACACCCAUCUGAGUUAUUGGGGCCUACCACAAUGGCAACUGGCCUAGCCAAUGUAGGAAACUCUUUCGGCUGUCCAUCUAACUCUCUGGUUUCUAGAUCUAAGUUCCAGAGUCCUUCCGUAGAAGACGAUGAUGAUGUUGUAUUUGUUGAACCUGUGCAACCUCCACAGAUUUCUGCAGGGUUGAUAACGGAUCCUAGAAAUGUGGCUUUUAGUUCACCUAGUAAUGAAGAGCAUCACGGAAAUGACCCCAAAGCAGUGGUUCCAACAAAGGACCUGAGUUCUCAAAAGGGAAGUAUAACUGAAACUAUUAUUAUUGACGAUGAAGAAGAUACUGAAGCAAAUCAGGGGCAAGAGAGAAAUGAUUCCAGUUUCAGUGAAAGAAGAUUUCCAGAGCCUAAAAACAGAGCCACUGAGAUGGAAUUUUCACCACCCAGUUUUUCAAGAAGUAAGGUAAAUGCAGGAAUAGGUAGUAGUGGUAUAACCACAGAACCAGACUCUGAAAUUCAAAUUGCUAAUGUUACUACAUUAGAAAGAGGUAUGAGCUCUGUGAGUGUUGGCCGUUUAGAAAAUACUGAAGGGCGUGACAUGAACUUAAUGAUUACACAUGUAACAUCACUACAGAAUACCAACUUGGGAGAUGUAUCUAACGGACUGCAGUCAAGUAAUUUUGGUGUUAAUAUACAAACAUACACCCCAUCUUUAACUUCACAGACCAAGACUGGUGUAGGACCUUUCAAUCCUGGUAGAAUGAACGUAGCUGGAGAUGUCUUUCAGAAUGGAGAAUCUGCGACUCAUCAUAACCCUGAUUCCUGGAUAUCUCAGUCAGCUUCAUUUCCAAGGAAUCAGAAACAACCAGGUGUGGAUUCUCUGUCACCGGUGGCAUCCCUCCCAAAACAAGUCUUCCAACCUCCUACACAACAGCAGCCUUCUAAGCAGGUUAAAGUCACAUGUGCUAACUGCAAGAAACCUUUGCAGAAGGGCCAGACUGCAUAUCAGCGGAAAGGAUCAGUUCACCUUUUUUGUUCCACUACCUGCCUUUCAUCAUUCUCGCAUAAACCAGCUCCAAAGAAACUCUGUGUUAUGUGCAAAAAAGACAUAACAACAAUGAAAGGUACCAUUGUUGCUCAGGUUGAUUCAAGUGAGUCCUUUCAGGAGUUUUGCAGUACGUCAUGCUUGUCCUUCUAUGAAGACAAACAGAAUCCCUCAAAAGGAAUCUUAAAUAAGUCUAGAUGCACUAUUUGUGGAAAACUAACAGAGAUCCGUCAUGAGGUUAGCUUUAAAAAUAUGACACAUAAGCUGUGUAGUGACCACUGCUUCAAUCGAUACCGAAUGGCAAAUGGCUUAAUAAUGAAUUGUUGUGAGCAUUGUGGGGAAUACCUGCCAAGUAAAGGAGCAGCAAACAAUAUCCUUAUGGUUGAUGGAGAGCCGAAAAGAUUCUGUUGCCAAAACUGCGUUAGUGAAUAUAAACAGAAAUUUGGCAAAUUAACAGCUUGUACUGGUUGCAGAGUUCAGUGCAGGUUUUUUGACAUGACACAGUGCAUAGGACCUAAUGGACAUAUGGAGCCAUACUGCUCAACUGCAUGCAUGAACACACACAAAUCAAAACAUGCAAAAUCAGAAAGUAUGGGGAUUGUUUGCCACUUUUGUAAGCGAAACUGUUUACCUCAAUAUCAAGCCACAAUGCCUGAUGGAAUACUGUACACCUUUUGCAGUUCGAGUUGUGUAGCUAAAUUUCAGACUCUUAGUGUACAGUCUUCAACCAAUGGCCAGUUUGUGGCUCCGAGUGAUAUUCAGUUGAAAUGCAAUUAUUGCAAAAAUACUUUCUGCUCAAAGCCUGAAGUACUGGAAUGGGAAAACAAAGUGUAUCAGUUCUGCAGUAAAAUUUGUUCUGAUGAUUAUAAGAAACUACAUUGUAUAGUAACAUACUGUGAAUACUGUCAAGAGGAGAAGACUCUGCAUGAAACGGUGAAAUUUUCUGGUAUCAAGAGACCAUUCUGUAGUGAAGGUUGCAAGCUGCUGUACAAACAAGAUUUUGCAAGACGGUUAGGAUUACGAUGCGUCACUUGCAAUUAUUGCUCUCAGCUCUGUAAAAAAGGAGCAACUAAGGAACUUGAUGGAGUAGUAAGAGAUUUCUGCAGUGAAGAGUGUUGUAAAAAAUUUCAAGACUGGUACUAUAAGGCCGCAAGGUGUGACUGUUGCAAAACUCAAGGAACUCUUAAAGAGAAAGUCCAGUGGAGAGGAGAGAUGAAACAUUUCUGCGAUCAGCACUGUCUUCUACGUUUCUACUGUCAACAAAAUGAACCUGAUAUGGCAACACAGAAAGGACCAGAAAAUUUACAGUAUGAUCAGGGCUGUCAAACCCCGCGAACAAAAACCACAGGAUCGGCACCACCUCCUUCCCCAACACCAAAUAAAGAAAUGAAGAACAAAGCCGUUCUUUGCAAACCUCUGACAAUGACUAAAGCAACAUACUGUAAACCUCACAUGCAAACGAAAUCUUGUCAGACAGAUGAUGGCUGGGAAAAAGAAUACAUCCCUGUACCUGUUCCAGUUCCUGUGUAUGUACCUGUUCCUAUGCACAUGUGUAGUCAAAAUGUUCCAGUUCCUACAACGGUUCCUGUUCCAGUACCAGUUCCUGUUUUUCUGCCCACCACACUGGAGAGCAGCGAGAAGAUACUUGAAGCAAUAGAAGAACUAAAUAAAAAAACAAAUUCCAGUCCUGUGGAGGCUGAGGAGGAGUCACUUGCUGUAGCAGAAGAGAUCCCUGAAAAAGAGGAGAAAGUAGAACCUCAAGAGCUUAAAAGUGUAAUAACUGAGACAGGUGUAAUAACUGAGACAGAAUUGCCCGACUGUAAAACAGAAACACAGGAAAGCUUGCCUGAUAUUUCAUAUGAGCCAGACCUUGACAUUGAGGUUGAUUUUCCUAGAGCAACAGAGGAACUUGACACAGAAAGUGAAUUUUUGCUGCCACUUGUCUUUGGAGAGGAAUACGAGGAACAGCCAAGACCUCGAACUAAGAAGAAGGGAGCGAAGAGAAAAGCAGUGUCAGAGUACCACUCUCAGGAUGAUAGCUCUGAGAAUUCAGAGUGCAGUUUUCCCUUCAAGUAUGCAUAUGGUGUAAAUGCGUGGAAACACUGGGUAAAAACUAGGAAUCUAGAUGAAGAUCUGCCAGUAUUAGAUGAGCUGAAUUCAACUAAAACAGUGAAAUUGAAAGAAGAUAUCGUGUCGCAUACGUCUGCUGAGCUAAACUUCGGGUUGGCACGCUUUGUUAAUGAAAUCCGAAGACCAAAUGGGGAAAACUAUGCACCUGACAGCAUCUAUUAUUUGUGUCUUGGGAUUCAGGAAUAUUUGAAUGGAAGCAAUAGAAAAGAUAAUAUCUUCUUGGAUCCAGAUUAUCAUACAUUUGAGCAGGAAAUAAAUAAAAUUCUCAGAAACUGGCAACCAAGCAUACUUCCAGACGGUUCAAUUUUUUCUCGGGUUGAAGAAGACUAUCUGUGGAGGAUAAAACAGUUAGGAUCCCACUCUCCAGUUGCUCUUCUAAAUACACUGUUCUACUUCAACACCAAGUAUUUUGGCCUGAAAACAGUGGAGCAGCACUUAAGACUUUCCUUUGGCACCGUUUAUAGGCACUGGAAGAAAAAUCCUCUAACAAUGGAUAGCAAAGCUUGUCUGAGAUACCAGGUUUCCUCUUUAUGUGGAACAGAUAAUGAAGAAGAUAAAAUUACUACUGGAAAAAGGAAGCAUGAAGAUGAUGAGCCAGUAUUUGAACAAACUGAGAACACAGCGGAUCCCUCUAGAUGCCCUGUGAAAAUGUUUGAAUGCUACUUAUCUAAGAGCCCGCCCAAUCUCAGUCAGAGAAUGGAUGUGUUCUAUUUGCAGCCUGCCUACCCGGUUCCCUCAGACAGCAUGGUCUGGUACACCUCCACCUCAGUGGAUCGCAAUACUUUGGAAAACAUGCUCGUACGGGUUCUUUUAGUAAAAGAUAUUUAUGAUAAAGACAAUUACGAACUGGAUGAAGACAUAGAUUAAACACUUUCCAAACUCUCUGUGGGGGAAAAGGAAAACACAACAGCAUUAGCUAGUCAAGCUGCUAGACUUUUAUUAUGGAAAAAAGUAAAACAUUUCAAGUUUACUCUUUGUUUAACAUGUUUUGUAGCAGUGUACCCUCAGCUGGGUAUUACCAUGUAAAUAAUCUGUGAGAGAAUGUGGCCAUUAUUAUUCAUAGUGGUUUUAGGAUACUUAACAAACACAUUCAUCUUUUUUUUAAUUAUUAUUUAUUUGGAUAGGUAUGUUUGUAACUUUUUACAUUGCAAAACAUGAAUGAGAAUGUGCCAUGUGUAUUUCUUUCUCUCUUUUAUUCUUUUUUAGUCAUAGUAAGCAACAUCCAUAUUGCACAACUUCACUGCUGCAGAGCUUCCUUGAAAAAGACGUUUGGGCUCUUACUGGGUUCUGAAAUCAGGUAGUUGUGUAUGGGUAGCACUACUAAAGUUUAGAACUUGCUGUGUCUUUCAGAAUUUUUUAAAGAAAUUGUAAACUAAUAGGUUUUUUACUCUUAGUUACUGAAGCCUUACGAGGUUAUGUAGAGAGAUUCCAUCUUAUGUACCAAAAAUAGACAAAAGAGAAUGCUGUCGAUGUUGAUGUACUGUAAUGUGAAUCUAUCCUGGUGAAACAACUUCUUUUCUUUUGGUUGCCCUUAUUAAAAAGAUCUUAGUAUCCUUUCCUUA